AUGCUUGCCUGGCACCGCCCAAUUCACAAGCGCAUUGCCCGUGCAGACCUGCAAGAGGCUGAUAGCCUUUGCUACAUCCAUCUUGCCAUUCGAGGAGGUGCGAUGAGCCUUACUCGGACGCCGCUAGUCAAACUUCGAAUGCACGCGCAGGGGCUGCAGUUAGAAGUGGCGAUCAGUAGCCUACUGACCUAUCCGGAAAGCAAGGAGGCGCUCACGGCGGGGUCCGAACGGCGCAACCAUAGCAGCGCUGGUGGUCGUAGCUUCUGGACUCUGGACGCUUGGACUGGAUGCCGUCUUCGACUGACCUUAGCCAUCCAAGACCGCAUGAUACGUGACAAGCAUUGGGUGCGCGAUCGUCUUCGUCGCGAGAAGGCAUUUUCGGCACAGGUUCCACCCACUGUUCAGGCUGAGCCCAAGUGGGUCCUGCGAAGAGGGACGUGGUACUACGAAGGCGGUCCAAAGCCGGAGAGGCUACCUGCAGAUGAGGCAAUGGACAACUUCGUGAAGGCAGAGGAAGCUAGAGGGUCAGGAAUCAAUGUGUGCAGAAGUCAUGUCCAGAGCAAUACGGUGCUUCACCUGAUCGAAGUCUGCGCCAUGGUGAGGGUCAGCUUCUGCCCUCCCUUGCGGACCCAGGAGGAGCCCUGCAGCGAGUCUAGGUGGUCCAAACAAGUUCGAGAGCUUCAGGCGAUGCAGCGGAAGGAAAGGCGCGAAGCCUUGGCUGUCCUUACUCAUGGCCAGCAGGAAGCGCUACAUGGUUAUCUGCUUCAGCUGCGAAGUGACAAGUUUGCGGGCCACGAGGCUCCAAGAAGUCGCCAGCCGCGGCCACCAACCCCGCCUGCAAACCUUAUCGGAGUUGGACGAGCAGGCCGCCCUCCGAAGCACAGAGUGAUCACGAUGGACGCUCAGGUCCCAGGCCCCGUGUGCGAACAGCCGGAGCCUCUUGUAGUCCAGGAGAGCAACACCCACCAGGGCUCCGUUCAGCCCGCCAUCAGCCGGCAAUGCCUGCAGCUAGCCCAAGCAGAAGGCUGUGUGGAUGCGAUUCGGAGGCACAUGCAGUCAAAGGUGCGGAAAGCCUUGCCACGUUGCCGCUAUCCAGCAAAUCUCGCGUCAAGAUACAGGCAUGACUACGUGGACUACUGCCUCAGCGAGGAGCAAUUGGCAAUCUGCCGCAGCGGUGGGCUUCCUGCCGACUGGCACCUGAGGGCUGGAUGGAGCAUUGCCUAA